CCCAGGCCCGAGCGCUCGGAGACAGCGGCGUCGCGGCGCGGGGACGGAGCGGAGCGGAGCGCUCGGGCUCCACAGCCUCCCUCCCCUCCCCUCCCUUCGCUGUCCUCACCCUCUCAGCCGGACCGGAACUAUGUGAUCCCGGAAGUUCCGGGGCCAUUGCUGUGUGGGAUAAACAGUAAUGGCGGAGGCUGCGGCUCCCGGAACAACAGCCACAACAUCAGGAGCAGGAGCGGCGGCGGCGGCGGUGGCAGCGGCUUCCCUCACCCCUAUCCCCACAGUCGCUGCCCUGUCCCCGGGGGCGGGCGGAGGGGGCGGCGGCAGCGACGGCAGCGGCGGCGGCUGGACGAAACAGGUCACCUGCAGAUAUUUUAUGCAUGGGGUUUGUAAGGAAGGAGAUAACUGUCGAUACUCGCAUGACCUUUCCGACAGCCCGUAUGGUGCAGUGUGCAAGUAUUUUCAAAGAGGGUGCUGUGUGUACGGAGACCGCUGCAGAUACGAACACAGCAAGCCACUGAAACAGGAGGAAGUGACUGCAACAGACCCGAGUGCGAAACCAUCCCUUGCUGCUUCCUCAAGUCUCUCUCCAGGAGUUGGAGCACUUGCUGAAAUGAAUCCAGGCGAAGCUGAGUCAAGACACCCAAACUUUGCAGCUGUAGGAGCAGGUUCAGAGGACUGGGUGAAUGCCAUUGAGUUUGUCCCCGGGCAGCCUUACUGUGGCCGUACUGCCCCUUCCUGCACUGAAGUACCCCUGCAGGGCUCAGUGACCAAGGAAGAGUCAGAGAAGGAGCCAGCUGCGGUGGAGACAAAGAAGCAGCUUUGCCCCUAUGCUGCAGUGGGAGAGUGUCGCUAUGGGGAAAACUGUGUGUAUCUCCACGGAGACUCCUGUGACAUGUGUGGCCUACAGGUCCUGCACCCAAUGGAUGCUGCCCAGAGGUCACAACACAUAAAAUCUUGCAUUGAGGCCCAUGAGAAGGACAUGGAGCUCUCUUUUGCUGUGCAGCGCAGCAAGGACAUGGUAUGUGGGAUCUGCAUGGAGGUGGUCUAUGAGAAAGCCAACCCCAGCGAGCGCCGCUUUGGGAUCCUGUCCAACUGCAACCACACCUACUGUCUCAAGUGUAUCCGCAAAUGGAGAAGUGCUAAGCAAUUUGAAAGCAAGAUCAUAAAGUCCUGCCCCGAAUGCCGGAUCACAUCUAACUUUGUCAUUCCAAGUGAGUACUGGGUGGAGGAGAAAGAAGAGAAGCAGAAACUCAUUCAGAAAUACAAGGAGGCCAUGAGCAACAAGGCGUGCAGGUAUUUUGAUGAAGGACGUGGGAGCUGCCCAUUUGGAGGGAACUGUUUUUACAAGCAUGCGUACCCUGAUGGCCGUAGAGAGGAGCCUCAGAGACAGAAAGUGGGAACAUCAAGCAGAUACCGGGCCCAACGAAGGAGCCACUUCUGGGAGCUCAUUGAGGAGAGAGAGAACAACCCCUUUGACAACGACGAAGAGGAGGUUGUCACCUUUGAGCUGGGCGAGAUGUUGCUUAUGCUUUUGGCUGCAGGUGGGGACGACGAGCUGACAGACUCUGAGGACGAGUGGGACUUGUUUCACGAUGAGCUGGAGGAUUUUUAUGACUUGGAUCUAUAGCAGCUUUGCGUGGCGUGGGAACUGGUCUGCGGAGCCUCAGACAGUAGCUGUCCCUGUGCUGUGUGGCAGUGCACGUGGCUCUCCUAGGCAGGCCCCUCCAACUCCAGGUGCUGUCGUCAUCACUCCCCAGGGCCUGCUCCUUUACCCUCACCUUCCCCCAAGAGUGUGUUGUUUUCUGUUUCAAAAAGUUACAAAAAUAAAUCUUCAAGUUAGUUUUUUUGUAACAUGAAUGUAACUGUCAGACAGUUAGUGUAGGGUUGUUGCGCCAUCUGUUUCCAGCCAGGUUGUGUUCACGGAUUUUGCACACUCGAUUUGAGACCCCAAGUUCAAAGGAAGAAGCACUGAGUAUGCUUUGGGGGUCCAAGGAUGGGGCAAUUGGGAAAAAGGGGACCUGAGACGGCAAGUUGCUCUCUGCGCUAGAUUAGGAGGGCUCCUGGUGGUUCCUGUGAGAGCUGCACCUUGGUGGUUUAUGUCUGUUCCCUGCCCUGGAAUCCCCAUCACCCGUGCUUGUCCUGUGGUUUGGGGCUCUUGUUUAAUUGCACGCAAGAAAUACUACUGAGUAACCAGAACCAGGUGCAAACGUGUUAAGGCUAACGUGAGAAACGGAGGUGGCAGGUAACUUGGUGUUGAGCGUGAUCGAGCACAUGAGCAGCUUCCCAUCUGUGCAUAGGUGCAGUAUUCUUAGCCUUAGUGAACAGAGAUGGAUUAGUGGUUUCAGCCGUGUGUGGCAGGUAGGUCGUAAAGGACCAAGAGUGUGUCAGUAGUUGGUAACAUAGCAGUGAUAGUGGCUCUGUAUGCUAGAGACGCGGAUCAUCUGUAGAGGGUAAGUGACCUGCUUCUCCCCUUAGCAGCACAAGCUGGGUCUUGGACACACCAUUGUAUUGAAUGUUUUAUGGUCUAGCCUUUUCAGUUGAGGCGCUUUUUGGAAAAACCUUUGUCCUUGUUUGAGGGUUCUGUUGUUUGGAUCUGUGUUUGCUUUGUGGGUAUCUGCCUCGUUUCCAUCAUUGAAAGUAGACAGGUGAAUUCCAAAAUGAGGUGUUGAUGAUACUAGAAUUCUUUGCUGUAGUAAUAACCCCUCUCACUAAAGGAAGAGGAGGGCAUGGCUACCUGCAAGACAAGCAGAAGCUAAGUUGCUAGAAUCCCUUGCUGGGAUUUCACCUUUGCCUUUUGUUGCUGUUUCCGGAAAUAACUUGAUGCUCGGAUUUGUCCCUCUGCCUUGCUUCCCUGGGACCCACCCGGUCUUUCACUUAAGAAAAGCAAGUCAUCGUUGCAGAGGUCUCUGUAUUUUGCAGCUGCCCUUUUGUAAGAAGCACUUUUCCCAAAUAAAACAAUUUAAAAAAAUU